CUCAGGAGCGCCGAGCGAAUCGAUUCAGGAGUGACAGCCAGGGCGCUGAGCAGGGUGAGUGGGCUAUCACCGGAGACAGCGGGCUAGGGAGGCACCCUGGCUAGUGCAGGAACCAAGAGAGACACAGGGCACGGGGGGGAGAGCAGAUAUGAUGUUAGAGGGAUACUCUCACCAUUAAAAGAAUCAGAUUACCAUGUUAUACAUAAACAGGGGGCAAAUAAACUGGAGAGAGAGAAUGAGAAUGAAUAUACUGUGUGUGUGUGUGUGUGUGUGUGUGUGUAUAUAUAUAUUGUAUAUAGAGAGAGAAUAUACUGUGUAGAGAGAGAGAGAGAGAGAAUAUACUGUGUGUGUGUAUAUAUAUACUGUAUAGAGAGAGAAUAUACUGUGUGUGUGUGUGUGUAUAUAUAUAUAUAUAGAAAGAGAGAGAAUAUACUGUAUGUGUGUGUAUAGAGAGAGAGAGAGAGAGAAAUAUAUGCUGUUUAGAGAGAAUAUACUGUAUGUGUGUGUAUAUAUAUAUAUAUACUGUAUAAAGAGAGAGAAUAUAUACUGUGUAUAGAGAGAGAGAGAGAAAAAAUAUACUGUGUGUGUGUGUAGAGAGAGAGCAUACAUAGUGUGUAUACUGUAUAUAUCUAUAUAUAGAGAGUGUAUACAGUGUAUAUAUCUAUAUAUAGAGAGUGAAAGCAAAAUAAUUCCUAUAGUAAUUUGUCUUACCUGGAAUUUGGGGGUAAAAGUGUAUUUUAGCGUAUUUUAUUAUUUGGAGUUAAUUUGCUUAUUGUGCCACUGAAUCACACCUAAACAAAACUGCAAAUAAUAAAAUACACUAAAAUACACUUUUAGCCUCACUGGCCCAGACAGCACCCAUUGCAGAGCACCCUCACCCCAUUGCAAAGGUACCUCACUGGUACAUACAGCACCAAAUGCAGAGCACCCUCACUGGCCCAGACAGCACCCAUUGCAGAGCACCCUCACUGGCCCAGACAGCACCCAUUGCAGAGCACCCUCACUGGCACAGACCACAUCUAGUGCAGGGCACCCUGUUGGGCACAGACAUCACCCAGUGCAAGGUAUUCCUGUGCACAGACAAUGCAGGGUUACUCAUUGCAGGGCACCCUCAUUGGCACAGACAGCCCUUGGUGCACGACAGUACCCAAUGAAGGGCAUUCCUUGGCAGAGCAGCAUUCAUUACAGCAGGGCUCGACAAAUCCCAGGUGGCAGGUCGCCAUGGCGACUAGAAAUUUUGUCCUGGCGCCUGGGAUUUGUCAACUUUUUCCCUAAAGUGGCCAGCUGUGCAAACAGUGGAGCCAGCCAUCUGCCCGCCCGCAGGAGCAUUUAGGCGGCUGGCUCAGGGAGCAUGUGCCGACCGCCCUGGGCUGUAUGGAGGUGGCUGGUUCAGGGAGCAUGUAGAUGGCCGCCCUGGUUAUUUUGGAGGCGGCAGGCUGGGGCAGCGAUCGUCCUGCAGCUCCUCUCUGCUCCCUCGCGCUGUGUAAUGAUGCCGGGAGCCAGAAUAUGACAUCAUUCCGGCCCCAGCAUCACUGCAGACCAUGCAAAGGAACAGAGUGGAGCUGCAGGAAGAUCACUGCUCCCUCGCACCAUGAAUAGCAGCCACACUGGACCUCAGGGAAAGUCCACUCCACUCUCCCAAUGGUAGGGAGGCUGGGUGGAUUUGAAUUAAAAAUAUAAAUAUGUGAGUGUUAGAGAAAGUGUGUGUGUAUGCAGGGGCGGACUGAGAACCCUCAGGGCCCCCGGGCAAAAUAAAUCAAGGGCCCCCUUACAGGCCCCACCCAUACUCUGCAGCAAGUGCCACCCUUGUCCCGCCUCCAUGCACCGCCUCCAGCCACACCCUACACAAUCUUUAGACACAAGGAACAAAAGGGCAAUAAGCCCUUCGAGGCCCCAGCAGAGACUACAAUUGAGGGCUAAUGGGCCAUGGAGGGGAUUUCUAGCAGAGGCUAUCUCAGUGUCCUUUAGAGAGUGUGUUAGAAAGAAUCCCCUCAAGGCCCCAUUAGAGACUACAAUGGAGUCUAAUAGGCUUGGAAGGGGGUCUUUCUAACAGAGGCCAUCUCAGCGUCCAUUAGAUAGCCCCUGCUGGAAACAGUCGCCUCCAGGCCCCAGUAGAGACUACAAUUGAGGGCUAAUGGGCCAUGGAGGGGAUUUCUAGCAGAGGCUAUCUCAGUGUUCUUUAGAGAGUGUGUUAGAAAGAAUCUCCUCCAGGCCCCAUUAGAGACUGCAAUGGAGUCUAAUGGGGCCUGGAGGGUGGUCUCUCCAACACUCUGGUUCCUAUUCACAAUAUAGCAACACAACAUAGCUCGCUGAUACCUAGGCCAAGUUGGCUCCUCUUACCUUAAUUACUGUUGCUGGCUGGCAGUCUGUGGGCUUGCUUGCUGCGGCUGGCAGGCUGUGGGCUUGCUGGCUACUGCCGGCAGGCUGUGGGCUUGCUGACUGCGGCUGGCAGGCUGUGGGCUUGCUGACUGCGGCUGGCAGGCUGUGGGCUUGCUGACUGCGGCUGGCAGGCUGUGGGCUUGCUGACUGCGGCUGGCAGGCUGUGGCUUGCUGGCUGCGACUGGCAGGCUGUGGGCUUGCUGGCUGUAAGCCUGUGGCUUGCUGUAGGCCUGUGGGCUGGCUAACUGGCUGGCUACUGGCCAGCCUGUGGGUUGGCUGGCUGGCUACUGGGGCACUUGUAGAUUAUUUUUAAAAAAUUAUCCAUGCACAAUAACCACUACUGCUCCAGAGUAAGUAGUCAAACCAUUUAAGAACAGUUUGACAACUUACCUGGGAUCUGCUGGGAUAUGGGGCUGUAGUAGGGAAUAGGAGCAGUGGUGCAAUGUGUGUGAAAGGUUCAGUGUGUGUGGGGGGUGUAGUGUGUGAAUGUGUAGGGUGUGUGGGUUGUGUACGUGUGUGGCAAUGUUAGUAUGGGGGGCUGUGUAUGGGGGUCUAUGUGUAUAUGGGAGGGCAGUGUAUGUGUGUGUGUGAGGCAAUGUGUGUAAAUGUGUAUGGGGGCAGUGUGUGAAUGUGUAUGGUGUGUGUGUGGGGGCAGUGUGUUUAUGGGGCUAGAGUUCACUCUCACCACUGCGACCACCAGGAAUCCCUGGGGGUCACAGUGCUGAGAGUGAACACUAGACCGUAGCUCCAGGGCUAGAGUUGACUCUCGCAAGAGCGGUAACGUUGCCAUGGUAAUCGCGGCAACGCUCUGUGCUCGUGCAAGAAGGACCCAGAGGAGCUGCAAGGUGAGCUCCCAGGUCCUCUCUUCCUUCCUCCCCUGCCCGCACGGUGCCUGCGGACAGGGGAGGGGGAGCAAUUGCCCUGUUGCCCCCCUGGAUCCACCAGUGAUAUAUACAGCCCUUCUGUGUGCCUUUUUGUCUCCCCCCGUCCCUCUGUAUGUUUCUUUCUCCCCCCUCCUUCCGAGUCUCUCUUACCCCUCUGCCUCUUUCUCCCUCUCUUCCACUGAUUUUCUCCCCCCUUUCCCUGUCUCUCUCUCUCUCCCCCACAUCUCUCUUCCUCUCUGUCUCUUUCUCCCCCUCCCCAUCUCUUUUCUCUGUGUUCUCCUUCCUCUUAUCUUUAUUCUCUUUUUCUCCUGUGGUUCAUUUUCUCUCUUUCUGCCUGUCUCUCUCUCUAUAUCUUUGUUCUCUUUUUUCCAUAUUUCUUUUUCCCUCACCACUCCACCAACCUCCUGUUCUCCCCAUAUCUCUUUUUCCCCUCUUUCUCCCUCCCCAUCUCUAUUGUCCCUCUUUCCCUCCCCAUCUCUCUGUUCCCCCUCCCCAUCUCUACAAGUCCCUCUUUCCCUCCCCUAUCUUAUUGUCCUCUUUUCUCUUACUCAAGUCAGAGGGGGCCGGCCGUUUCAUGCUGGAGCAUGAAUGUGGGAACCGCAAAGGAGCAUGAUAGACACAUGCUCCUCCUCCUCCUCCUUCAGCGUUAGUGCCGCCGGACCGGCGAGGCUGCCACCCGGUCCGGCGGCUCCAGCAUGAAACGGCCGGCCCCCUCACAGUGUGCCACCGGGCCGGCCACCCGGUGGCACCUUCCUCUGAAGUCCCCAAUCCAGCCCUGCCGCCAGGGCCCCCUGAAGGCGGCCCUGGCGGCGGGCCCCCCUCCCGGCCGGGCCCUCGGACCGUGUCCGAAGUGCCCGACCGGUCAGUCCGCCCCUGUGUGUAUGCCUCUUUCAAUGUGUGUAUGUCUGUCUGUCAGUGUGUGCAUGUGAAUGUCUGUGAGAGAGUGUGUGUUUGUUUAGGUACCUGCCCCCCUCCAAUCACAUUAUUGGUGUUUUUUACUCACAUGUUUUCCCACGCCAUGCUGGUUUCGUAGUGGCUUGUCCCGCCUCCAUAGCUGAGAUCUUAAUGAUCUUUGCUAAGCCAAUGCUUUCCCAUUUGAAAGCAUUGGGAGGAUAUUACACAUGUUUUCUAUGGGUAAUAUUCAGCACUGACACAGGACUCUCUAGUGGCCGUCUGAGUGACUGUCACUAGAGGUCUUAGUAGGCAGCAAUGUAAACACUGCCUUUUCUCUGAAAAGGUAGCGUUUACAUUGAAAAGGCUACAAGGACAGGCUAUAGGCAGCAGAACAACAUUAAUCUGUAGUGGUUCUGGUGACGAUAGUGUUCCUUUAAAAAAAAGGAUCCUACCUUUUUUAGCUGGCUCCUUGAUUCCAAACAAAUUUGUCAAGUCCUCCAUUACAGGCACCCUGAUGGGCACACAGAGCACCCAAUGCAAGGUAUUCCUUUGAACACUCAGCACUCGGUGUACUAUGCACAUACAGCACCGAAUGGGUAUCGGUAUCUGCCAACAGAGGCCCAUUACAAACCCAGCGCUCCUGGGGGGCCCGCAGCAAGAGCUUACUUUCCUUCAGCCCCCCCUGUCUCGUGAGUCUCGCGGCCGUCAGAGCGUUGCCUCAGGCUACCAUGGCAAUGCUCCGUGCGGCACGUUGGCCGCAAGAUUUACACAGGAAGCUGAAGGGAAGGUAAGUAGGCGCUUGCUGCGGGCCCCCACUGUACAGUCCAUGCCACCGGACCACCAGGGAAUGCCAUAUCCCCCCCCUCCCUGGCCAGGUAACAAGCAGGGAGGGGGGACUAAAAAAUAAAUCAAACUUAAAUAUUUAAAUAAAAAAUGUCCCUCCCCCCUAAUUACAUACCUACAGAAACACACACAUACUGCAUUAUAUAAACACACUACACAAACACACUGUGUGUAUAAUGCAGUGUGUUUAUGUAGUGUGUGUAUGUGUAGUGUUUAUAUAAUGCAGUGUGUGUGUGUGUAUAUAAUGCAGUGUGUUUGUGUAGUGUGUUUAUAUAAUGCACACUACACAAACAUACUGCAUUAUAUAAACACACUACACACACACACACACUCUGCAUUCAUUAAAUACACAUACUGCACAAACACACACUUUGCACUUAGUAUUAACACACACUGCAUUCACUACACACACUACAUUCACUAUACACACUACACAAACACACACUCUGCAUUAAUUAUAUACACACUACAUAAACACUGCAUUCACUAUCCACACUACACAAACACACUCUGCAUUCAUUAUAUACACACUACACAAAUACAUACUGCAUCCACUACACAAACACACACAGCUCCCCUGUCUAAACACACUGCAUACACUACACGUGGCAUGUAUAUUUUGUGCAUUUACCUUUUAGAAAUAGUUUAUUUUCUCAAAAUGGUAAAUGUACAGAAUAUCGGUAAGUUAUCGGCCUGAAAGUUCACAGAAUAUCGGUAUCUGCUCUAAAAAAAACAGUGUGUGUGUGUGUGAUUUGUCCUGAUCAUCUUUCCUCUUUUUGCUAUCAUCCGCCCGUACUUCUCUUGACCGAACAACAUUCCUAUGUCCUUGCUGUGUAUCCUAGUUAAAUGGAUCAGUGAGUCAAUGUCCCGCUCAUUCUUGGCAUACAGCUCGAUGUCGUCCAUGUAGAGUAGGUGACUGAUGGUAACUCCACUCGUGAACCUGUAUCCGUGUCCACUCUUCUUGAUGAACUGGCUAGAGUGGUGUGUGUGUGUGUGUGUGUGUGUGUGUGUGUGUGUGUGUGUGUGUGUGUGUGUGUGUGUGUGUGUGUGUGUGUGUGUGUGUGUGUGUGUGUGUGUGUGUGUGUGUGUGUGUGUGUGUGUGUGUGUGUGUGUGUGUGUGUGUGUGUGUGUGUGUGUGUGUGUGUGUGUGUGUGUGUGUGUGUGUGUGUGUGUGUGUGUGUGUGUGUGUGUGUGUGUGUGUGUGUGUGUGUGUGUGUGUGUGUGUGUGUGUGUGUAUAAAAACAAUGUUUUAAAUCUUAUAAGCUGUGUACAUCCAAAUCAACUUUUAGACCCAAUUCGGGUCUUUUUCAAGAUCACAGUGCAAGUAUAAACAUAUGUAUUUACAAGUGAUAUGACAUCCCGUCGACUGAUUGCACCCAGAAGUGAUGAAUGUGACGUGCAUCUCGUGUGCGUGGUUGCUCAGUUACAAAGAUAGAAAGGUACAUUGCUGUAUGAAUAUGCCAUAGAAACUAGGCGCAACUACGGCAAAUAUAAUCCAUCACCUAGAGAACAUGGAGGAAAUAUGUUUUUAAGAGUAGAUAUGUCUAUAAGUAUUGAAUGCCUAAUAGGAAGUAUAGUUUAGAGAAAGAAUAGAAAAUGAUUAGGGUGAAGAAAAUAAUGUGAAAAAACAGUGAGUGAUAUAACGUGUGUAUAAGUGCAACAAGUGAGAAUACAAUCCAUGCAGUGUAUAAAUAUAAGAAGAUGAAAUAAGAAGUGAGCCACUAGAAAAGGAAAUUAAAUAUUUAUACAUAGCGAAAAAUCUCUUUUCAUAUAUGAGUAUUUAUGUAGGGAAAAAACUAUUCAUCUAUAUAUAUCUAUAGUGUGUAUGUGUAUAUAUGUAUUUGUGUGUAUGUAUGUAUGUGUGUGUGUGUAUAUAUAUACCGUAUUUUUCGCUCCAUAAGACGCACCUCACCAUAAGACGCACCUAGUUUUUAGAGGAGGAAACCCAGAAAAAAAAAAUAUUCUGAACAAACUGUUCCAUAGUGUUUCUUACCAUGGGACAGUUUGUUCAGAAUAUUUUUUUUCCUCCCCUGUCCCAUAAUGAUCUUUAACCCCCCUUUCCUCUGUCCCAUAGUGAUUGUUAACCCCUCCUACCCUGUCCCAUAGUGAUUGUUAACCCCUCCUACCCUGUCCCAUAGUGAUUGUUAACCCCUCCUACCCUGUCCCAUAGUGUUCUUUAACCCCUCCUCCCCUUGUCCAUUAGUGUUCUGAUCCCAUAGUGUCCCCCCUCCCAUUGUCGCAUAGUGCACUUUCCCUCCCAUAGUGUCCCCCCUCCCCUUGUCCCAUAGUGUCUCCCCCCCUCCCCUUGUCCCAUAGUGUCUUCCCCCCCUCCCCUUGUCCCAUAGUGUCUCCCCCUCCCCUUGUCCCAUAGUGUCUCCCCCUCCCCUUGUCCCAUAGUGUCUCCCCCUCCCCUUGUCCCAUAGUGUCUCCCCCUCCCCUUGUCCCAUAGUGUCUCCCCCUCCCCUUGUCCCAUAGUGUGUCCCCCUCCCCUUGUCCCAUA